AUGUACUUUGUACUUCUGACUUUUAUACUAUCAAUAGUAUCAACGAUCGACGGACAAUCAUGCCAAUCAACAUUCAAUCGAUCCAUAAUUGGACAAUGCUCAUCAAUCGACAGUUGUGAAGGAACUAUACUAGCAUCUUAUUUGUGUGAACGACAAAUUUGCUGUAUUAAUACCACUUUACCAUCAAUUUCAGGCACAUGUAUUACUGGUGAUGAUCUCGGUAUUCUAAAAAAUACAUCCCGUGCUAAAUUUCUUCGAAGUGCCCUAAAUUACGGAAUUAACUCAGCUGGCAUAUGCGGCAACUGCCAAGCAAAAGCUGCUUUCCUAGCUGUUGCAGCAACGAUGACGGAGAAUUUUACAAUUGAUGAAGUUGUCAAGAGUGAUGCGGAAUUCUCGGCUGAUGACAAAAAGUAUGGCAACUCAAAAGAAGGUGAUGGAUCUCGAUUUCGCCGACGAGGUUUCUUCGGUGUUCGUGGAAGAACUAUGUAUGAGAGAUUAGCAAAACUAAUGUCACAAAACGAAAUUCUGACUAAUCCUGAAAUAGUUGCACUAACAAAUAAUGCAAUCGAAAUUGCAUCACUGAUAUGGAAAAAUCCAAAUCUAUUGAAUGAAUCGACUUUAACGAAGUACGCUGAUGGUACAUUUUAUGGUUUUUCGAUGUUAUGGUAUAAAUUAACUGAAGAAAUUGCACAACUUGCUGUGGCAGCUAAAUAUUAUUCCAUAUUUCUUCGCCAAUUAGAGUGUGGUGGUGACCUAUAUUCUGGACAAGGACCAGUUUGCAAAUAUAAUGAAACUCAUAACGGUUUAUGCUCACCAGAUUGUAUCAAAGGUUUAGAAGAUUCCAGUACAUUUUGUGGCUGCAGUGGUCCGAAAGGGCCAGAAUGCCCGAAUAGUCCAAAACAUAUUCGAUGUUGUUUGGAUUCAUGUUCACAAGAAUUAAAAAUGGACUUAGGAAUUGUUCUUGAUGCCAGUGGUAGUGUUGGUCAGAGUAACUAUCUAUUACAGCUUAACUUUACAAAAAAUUUACUUCGUCGAGUGAAUGUUGGCCUAAAUAAAACUCAUGUGGGUAUUAUCAAUUACUCCAACAUCGCCAAGACGUUGACAUCGUUAAAUAAAAAUCAUGGUCUAGAUGAAAAACUUCAACGAGUUGACGAAGCAAUAUAUUAUUCUAGCGGUACAGAUACUGCUCGUGCUCUUGUAGAAGCAAAUAUUGUUUUUUCAUACGAGAAUGGUCGUCGACUAUCAUAUGAAGGUGUCACACCUGUGAUAUUCGUCAUCACAGAUGGACAAAGUAAUACUCCAGCAGAAACAAUUAGAGCGGCAAGUAUUUUAAAAAGAAACGAUAUCAUUCUGGUUAGUGUCGGCGUCGGUAAUCAGCCAGAUCUUGAUGAAUUACACGCUAUUUGCUCACCGCCAGCAAGUGAAAACUAUUUCGCUGUAUCAAAUUAUGGUGCUUUUGAACAAAAGUUAAAUCAAUUCACCUCAAAAUCAUGUGCAGAACCAGCACCCGUUCCAUCGAAUAUAACCGUGAUGAUUGAAAUAAUGAAGGAUAAAUAUAAAUUUCUUAAAGUUGAAAUUACUACUAUUGGUAACAAAAUUUUAGUUACCAUCACGUUAUUCAAUGGUAAUGUUAAAUUAUUUUAUUCAUUCACCAAUCGAAAUCCAAAAGAUCCAGCUGAUUUCAUUGAUUACGAAACCGAAACAAAAGAUGAUGACUCAUCACUAUGGAUGCGCAUCAAGUCCUAUUUUUGGCCAUCGUCAACGAAAACAAAUAGAGCCUCCAAUGGUGAAAUAAGAUUAGUUCUUGAAAAACCAGAUACCAAUGUAGAAUUUGCCUACAUAGGCAUAAAAGGUAUUGAAGAAGAUAACCAAUUCAAAUUGAAGUUUGAUGAUUGUGCCGAAUCAACAUUAAAUUUGGGUCCAAUACUACACCAUAAACAUAAUGUUACAGCUAAAUCAACUAGUAAUGAGCCAACGUACAUAUCAUCAAACUCGAGUGCAUUUGAACGAGAAAACGACUAA